CCUGUGUGCAGCGCUCCUUGGUCGUGUUUGUUGUUUGCGUUUGUAGCGAAGAUGUUAGUCACAAAAAUGAUGAAAACUUGUGUUUUGGGGCUGAGACAUGUCGUCGGACGGGGACAGGUGCUGUCUGCGGCUGCUUCGAGACUACAGCACAGUCAGGCCCAGCAGCUCGGACAGUCUGCCCCCUCAACCCGUCCGGAGACCUCCAGCGCCAAGACCCUGAUGGACAUCGGGACCCGCCGGAUCUUCAACGAGGACCAUGAUCUCUUCAGGCAAAAUGUCCGGCGCUUCUUUCAGGAGGAAGUGGUUCCACACCACAAGGAGUGGGAGAAGGCAGGUCAGGUAAGCAGAGAGGUGUGGGAGAAGGCUGGUGAGCAAGGCCUGCUGGGAGUAAUGAUACCAGAGAAGCACGGUGGCAUUGGAGGAGACCUGUUUUCUGCGGCUGUCACAUGGGAGGAGCAAAUGUACUCCAACUGCUCAGGCCCGGGUUUCGCCUUGCACUCUGACAUCAUCACGCCCUACAUUGUCAACUACGGCAGCAAGGAGCAGAUUGAACGCUUCAUCCCCGCGAUGACUGCUGGGAAAUGCAUCGCAGCUAUUGCUAUGACAGAGCCAGGAGCAGGCAGUGAUCUUCAGGGUGUGAGGACGUACGCCAGGAGAGACGGCAGCGACUGGAUCCUCAAUGGAAACAAGGUGUUUAUCUCAAAUGGCUGGAUGGCUGACCUGGUGGUCGUAGUGGCUGUGACCAACCGUGAGGCGAAGACAGCAGCACAUGGCAUCAGUCUGUUCCUGGUGGAGGACGGCAUGAAGGGCUUUCAGAAAGGACGCAAGCUGGAGAAGAUUGGUCUGAAAGCCCAGGACACAGCUGAACUGUUUUUUGAGGACGUGCGGCUCCCAGCUAACGCCCUCUUGGGUGAACUCAACAAGGGUUUCUACUGCCUGAUGAAUGAACUGCCUCAGGAGCGUCUGAUGAUUGCUAACAUGGCCAUAGCGAGCUGUGAGUUCAUGUUUGAGGAAACCAGGAACUAUGUUUUGCAUCGGAAGGCUUUCGGCAAAACAAUCGCUCACCUACAGACGGUGCAGCACAAGCUGGCAGAGCUGAAAACUGAGAUCUGUGUGGGCCGAGCCUUUGUUGAUAACUGCCUUCAGCUCCACGCUGAGAAACGCCUGGACCCCUCCACAGCGUCCAUGGCCAAGUUUUGGGCGUCUGACCUUCAGAACAAAGUGGCCACUCAGUGCCUGCAGCUCCAUGGAGGCUGGGGCUACAUGUGGGAAUACCCCAUCGCCAAGGCAUUUGUGGACUCUCGUAUUCAGCCUAUUUAUGGAGGCACCAAUGAGAUCAUGAAAGAGCUGAUCGCCCGCAACAUCGUCAGCCAGAAAUGACAAGUUUUUUAAUGAUGGAGGAACACCAGGGGGAGUGGGGUGGUUUGCACAGGUGUUUUUUUCUUAGUUGGCACAUGGUCUGGUAAAGAUUUAACAUAAUCAUGAAAAGCCUUAAAGUCAGGGAAGGUUUUACAGAAUGUAAUUUAAUCAUGCUUGAAAUCUUGAAAUUAGACAGGGGAUUAAUGCAAGACUGUCGAACUUCUGAACGAAGAAAUAAUUCCUUCUUCCUCACACAAACAAAAAGCUAAAUGUGUUGGCAAUGAAAUGCACUUUAACUCGAUUCAGUACCUCCAGGAGUUUCACAGCUCCAGCUGGACCCAGUCUGGUAUGAUCAGUAGCUUAUGGUGGCAAGUGUUGGCAAAGUUUCAGUGUUACUGUGUAACUGACAUCACUGAGUCUGUUUACUGCAAGUAACAGAUUUUUUUCCACUUGGUCAUGACAGAAACAAGAUGUGAAAACAACAUUAACAUAUGAUCACCUCUUUUAACUGUUUUUGCAUUAACUGUUUUUUUUGGUACUGGUAUUUUUU